CCUCGGCCUUGUUCUUCCACGAAGGCGACUACCACAUGCGACUGAGGAAGCCGGUUCAGGCCUCCCUUCUCCCCGACUCCAUCCGCUCCACCGUCGCCGACGUCGAUGCAGUUGCCAUAUCCGUCCUGGCUUCGUGGAGCCAUGGCAAUGUUGUCCACGUCUUCUCCGGGAUAAAGCAGGUUUCACCAAGACCAAAUACCUUCUUGCCAUUUGGUACUGGAAUCCAUUCUUGCCCUGGCAACGAAUUCGCCAAGCUUGAGAUGCUUGUGCUUGUCCACCAUCUUGUAACCAAAUAUAGGUCUGAUUUAGUUGGAGCGAUGGAUUUUUGAAAAAAGUUUCACCAAAAUCCAUUAGUGUGGGCCAGAAAUAUUCAGCAGAUUUCAACCAUAGACCAUCGGCAACCAUUGGUGGAGCUGCUUUGUUUCGCAUCGAUUUCCAAGCAAGAUUUCUCGUUUCGAUUCAGUUUAUUUUUUUUCUAGAGAAACCAUUUGGAGCCUCAAUGACCGAAUGACAAUGGGGGGAUGCGCCUUUUUAUCAUUAUAAUCUAGUGUCUGAAGCUGUGAAAGGCCCGUCCCCUAGCAAGUUAAAAGGGUGAGGAGACUCCAUUGAAAAGCCACCUUCACUGAGGACAUGGGCAGAAAAGCUUCUUGAAGAGUUGAUGGACGAAGAUGAUAUGGAUGAACCAUUGGAGAUCGAACAAGAUGAUGAAUGUUGAAUGUCCAUGUAUCUUCAUUCCUAUGAAAAAUGUUGAAUGUCCAUGUAUUUCAUUCCUGCAAAAGAUCGGAUAAAACGACCAUUCUGAUGGUCAACAAUUUGUUGUUUUGUUGGUGGUGACACUCAAGAUAAGGCAUGGAGUUUUCAUUAUUA